GAAAUGCAACGGUAAGAUCUGAUACAUACAGAUAUCUAGAUGGGAAAUGAUUUUAAUGAAAUUAUAAGAACGAUUCGAAAUUUUCCGAAUUUGCUUUGAAGAACAAAUAGAAUAAACUUCCAGGUGUUGUCACGUUACAUCGUAUUAGCUCCGAAAGUACUGGACCGAUUUGAGAAAUUCUUUCACCUGCGCUAAGCUAGUUAACCCUGCGUCGGCACAGUCUAUGCUCAAAGCGGGCCAAGUCGCGGCAAAGCGUCUAGUUAUGUGUAUAAUUGUGCAGCAACAACAAGACCCACCGCGGGCACAUGCGCAACCACCACAGCGGCGCGCGGCCCGCGUGCGCCGUCUGCGCGCGCACGUUCGUCAACAAGGACGCGCUCGCCGAGCACCUGCUAAUACAUCAGGGCGUUAAGAACUACGAAUGCGCCACUUGCGGUAAAAGAUUCCGCACUCGAACACAAAUAAAAUUGCACCAGAUGAAGCAUUCGGACGUGAGGGAUUUCUACUGCGUCGAAUGUGAUGUCAGAUUCAAAACUGCGUAUACGCUUCGGCAACAUUUACAGAAAUCAUUGAAACACAAAGACUGGAAGAGUUUCAAGUGAGUAUAAUAUUAUAUUUCUGAUAUGAUCGAAUCCUUGAGUGUUUGCCAACCUGUGCUAAGCGAAGCCCUGGGGAUCCAACAGUGGCGUGCUCACCAUAGAUGCAAAUAAGCACUGCAUACCUUACCCAUAAAACCCAAUUAAAUACUCAUAUAUUAACUCGAUACGAGUAUUCAGAGACUUAUGAUUUGCUUAAACUAGUAUAAAUGCCAUCUAUCAAAAGUAUGCAGAAUUAUUAGAACGUUCUAGUAAGCGGAAUAUUUUCCCUACCCUACGCUGGCGCCGCCGUCACCGAUGCGGCCAUAAUCUGCACUUCUUAAAGCUUAUUCGCCAUACUAACAAGACAGCUCAAAACUUGUGUUAUACGUAGAACCUAUUUUUAUGUGUGUGUAAAUUUCAUGCAUGUGUUACGGUUUAAGAGGCACUGCUAUCUCAUAACCAGAGGUCGGAAUUAGGUAAAGUUAUGUAUGUACUUGCAUCGAAAUGUUGAAAUUAAUGGGGACCUUCCCGGGAUUUCUCUAUUUAUUUCUUUCAUUGAUGUAAGUUUGGCAACGGCGUUGCGUGCAGUAGUUUAAAUUGUGUAAAAGUA